UUUUUCAGAUCGAAAAUUUGAGACACAGGACAUUUAUUUGAAUAUUUCGAAGACAAGUUCCUUCCCAGAUGAAUUUAUCGAACAGAAUAAAAUAAUAUUUUCAUGUAAUUGGAUUCGUAUAGUUUAAUACAAUUGGGAUACUCCGUCUAUCAUAUAUAAUAAACUGAUUUUCAAUUACAUUUGAAAACUAUGAUUCGUUUCUUUGAAGUUUCGGAUACUUUUACGAAAUGCGGAUUUCCAACUGUAUCUAUUAUAAAUUCAUUUUUAAUAUUCUUAACUGUAUUCCACAUAAGAAGAAUUUUCGGAACAUACAAGCAAAUGUUAAUUGUAAUUGCAAUAAUGGGCAUACUAUUCUCAGCUUGUGAAUUAAUUGCCAGACCAUUUGUUCACAGUUACAAUUCUGGAUGGAUCUUCUUCAGUCUGAACACGUGGCUCGGCGCAGAUCAACUCGUUCUUCAAAUUGCUCUGGCUAUUUAUGCGAGCUUCUAUCUACUAAUGAUGUCAUUUAUUUCUGUACAAUUUCUAUUCCGUUACUAUACUUUGACUAAUAUUCGUGUCACCAAAAGAUUUGAAAACGGAGGUGUCAUUCUUUGGAUGCUUUACCCAUUCAUUUGUGGAGCAUUUUAUGGUGUUCCAUUGUUUCUUUUUGGACUCCCUGAUGAGUAUGGAGAUGAAUAUUUUGGAGAACAACUUCUAGUGUCUUAUGGACUUGCAAUCAAGGAAGUGCCCAGGUUUCCAAUUAUUGCAUAUGACAAAGACGGAUCUCUGAGACAUGGUGCAUUUUUUGUGAUAACUGGAUCAAUUGUGAUGGCUGUGCAAUACACUAUAAUAAUUUACUGUGGGAUUCGAAUGCAUUUAGUGAUGACAAGAGAAUUCAAAAACUCUUCUGUUCCAAACAAAAAACUACAGAAACAGUUCUUCAAAGCUUUAGUAGUGCAGACAAUUGUUCCGACUUUUAUAUUUGUGUGUCCUGCUGCUUUCGUAUUACUUUGUCCGUUCUUAAAUCUUGAAAUGAACUAUCAAACUGGUUGGAUUUAUGCAGCACUGAGUCUGUAUCCACCAUUGGAUAGUCUUGUUUUAAUGAUAUUGGUAUCGGAAUAUCGAAAAGCUAUAAAAGGUCUCUGUGAGUACUUGUUUCCUAAAAGAACCGGAAGAACUCCGGAAGUUGAGCUUCGAAGUUCUACAUGAUAAAUUCGCAUUUUUAACAUUGCCCGAUGUUCAGUUAAAUAUUUUCUAAAUAUUUUCAGUUAAAAAAAUAAAUAAUCUCUGUUUAAAA